CUGUGCGAGGUGCGGACUAGCCGCUAUAAGAGGGACGCCGUGCGUCGCGACGCCAUCAGAACACCUGCCGCGCUCGGACCGAGCUCGCCGCAACCCCCACGAUCUCUUGCGCCGCCACUUCGAUCUCUCCGCAACGAUCGAAAGGCGAGGGAGGCCGCCGGUCCUGCCGCGAGGGAGAGGCUCCAGUUCUUACUCGGCUCGCGUUGUCGCCUGUUUCCCUUUCUUCCCGAUCUCGCCGUCGGUGAGAGAUGUUCUCCAAGUCAACAUCAACGUCGAUCUUUCUGAUCAUCGUCCUCGUCGUCGUCAUCGGCGCGACGUUUCACGUUGCGAGAGCAGCGAUCGGCAACGAUCAUCGUCAUCAACAGUUAUCAAAUGAAGCAGUUACCAAUAUCUUGAAUUACGAAACGGGAGCGAAGGCUUCAUUCGAGGUACCGCGUGAACACUACCGGCCGAUUACAGACUGUAUGUUUGUUACGUCAGAAAGCGGACCGUUCUCUUAUAUAUCGCCGACCGAUGAUGACAACGUUUGUGGAAUAUAUUUUUUGACCGAUCCCGAUCGUGUAGUAGAAAUACAUUUCCACAGCUUCGACGUUCCCUGCGAUCAUCGUGGACUUCUGGCAGUAAUCGACGGCUGGGAAUUGAACGGCGAAAUAUUUCCGAGCGAGAGCGACCAUUCAUUAUCGAUGAAGGAAAGGACGAGCGAAUUCUGCGGCAAGAACAGAUGGUACAGGAGAACUUUCACAAGUUCGCAGAACGCUGCACUUGUUCAAUAUAGAGUACCUCUACGUGGGAAAGGCUUUAUCGUAUCCGCGAGAUAUCCAAAAAAUCCAAGACCCUGCAACGUCUUGUCGGUCAGCACGACGGAUCCAUUCACGCUUCGCAAUUAUGGCAGACGGAUUAAUUGCACCCUCGUGGCAGUGUAUCCCGGUGCUGUACAAAUAAUUGCCCUCGGAAUUGGCAGUAGCAGCUCGCACGGCGUCGUACGCACAACCGAAACCGGCACUUUACGUAAAUGCGACGCGAGGAGUCCGCGGGAUCAAGUGCAGAUUGGAGGCAGCCGCGGUCUCGACACGACGAAACUCGACGUAAUUGACUCCAUUUGCGGCAUUGAUUCCAAACCCGAUAUAAAGGAGCUCGUGGCGUACGACAUAACAGCGGUACGGCUGUUAUCGAGCGGCUACUACGAUAACUCGGUGACGGUGGCAAUAAGUCCAAUUGUAGACGACAGUCUACUGGAUUCCACUUCCGGUCUUUAAAGCGACUGCAAUCUCGUCAUCGUCCGUCGCACUCGCUGGCGCGUCCAUUCUCGGUGCAUUUAUCUCGGAACAUGCGGACGCAAACAUUGGGUUGUGCAAAACAUAGGCGUGUCCCUCCGAUAGUUUGCCCAUUAUUUAUCUAUUUGUUUUACACAUGCUAAAAGAUAGCGUAGAACGUUGCGUAUAUGUGAGCGAAAGAAAAAAGCUGAUUGUGAGUUCUUUCAAAGACUGAUUAUUCCAAUUAUAUUCUCUUCUCGCAUUCUUCUUCUUCUUCUUCUGCUUCAUCAACGGCAGCGUUCUCUUUCGUCAUGCUUCUCUCGCAAUAAUUUUUUUAUAAUUAUAAAAAUUAUAAUAUAAUGCUUGAUAUUUAUUUUGUCGCUACAUUUAAUUGAUUCUCACAUCGUUAAAGCAUUAACGUUUAAAUAAUAAUUUCGCAGUUUCGUUAAAUGCGAACGCAGAUACAAAUCAUAUACUCAACCUUUUUAUUUUAUAUUGAAUCAGGAAAUGGAGUAUUUUAUGACCUGCAUUAUAAUUUCUACAUUAGUAUUGUUAGAAAUUGCUUUCUGACUAAGAGUGAAUGUGUUUCAAAUGAAACAAACGUGAAGCGGUAGACAGCUUAAAAUGUAUAUUUGUAUUUAUUUAAGUUAAUAAACAGUCGAAAGUAGAUAUAUUUAUCGCUUAAUAGAUAUUCUCGACCGUUUCUUCGGUUAGAAACGAUUAUGUACGACAGCAGCUUUAGACAAAUAAAUUUGUGUUAAUUGCAUUAAAUUUGACAAACAAAAAUAUUUUGUACAAAAAGUUACAUGUAGAGAUAAUAAAUUAAAUUGACGAGAUAUCCAAGUGUAAUACAAAGACAUGAUAUUUAAAAUAUUUUUCAUCCAAGGCGUCCAAUUUCGGGCAAUUAAACAUGGCGUUUAAUUUGUAUUUAUUCCUAUUGUUGACCAAUAAAAUUCUCACCGAGUAUUCAGCAA